GAAUUUAAAAGGUUUAGGAUUUUUAUUUUGUUGAAACCUUUUUUUUUUUUUGUUUUUUCCUUUCUUCUGUUAUGGGUUUUCGGGGAUCUGCUUCAUGGAGGUAGUAUUUGUAUUUCGGAGUUCCAUGAUGUUUUCUCAUUUGGGUUUCUAGGGUUUUGGAAGAAGUAGGGUUUGAUCCUUGGAUCGGGGAGACAGACAUGGAGGAGGUUGAAGAAGCUAACAAAGCUGCCGUGGAGAACUGCCAUAGGUUCCUCGGUCUCCUGCCUCAAUCCAAGGAUCAGGUUCAGUACAGGAGUUUAAUGGUGGAAGCUGGGGAGGUUGUGUUCAAGUUCAAGAGAGUUGUGUCUCUCCUGGGCAAUGGUUUGGGUCAUGCCAGAGUCAGAAAACUCCAGAAAUUUCAAUCCUCUGUUCCCCAAAGCGUCUUCCUCGACAACCCAAUUUCUAAAGUUGACUCUUCACCCAAUCCUGUCCAGCAUAUCCAAGCUACUAAUUUUCUCGAGAACCCACUCCUGGUUGCGGAAACAACUAAGAAUUCUAGUAUGCAAUUUACCCAAAAAAUGUUUCUUGAGAACCGGUCGCUGGAAAUGGCCUCCGCUGGUAAGAAUCCACUCCAACUUGCACAGCAAACGCCAACCACCCAAUUUCAAUUUCUCCAACAUCAGCAACAGCAUCCGCAACAACAAAGGUUCCAGCUUCAGCAGCAGCUACAACAGCAACAGCAACAGAUGAAAUUCCAAGCUGAUAUGAUGUACCGCAGGAGCAACAGUAGCGUAAACCUCAAGUUUGAUAGCUCUAGUUGCACACCCACCAUGUCAUCUACCCGAUCUUUCAUCUCAUCUCUCAGCAUGGAUGGCAGUGUGGCUAGCUUGGAUGGAAAGCCCUUUCAUUUAAUCGGUGCACCACAGUCAUCCGACCGGAACUCUCAACAUUCUACCAAGAAGAGGUGCUCUGGUAGGGGAGAAGACGGGAGUGUCAAAUGUGGAAGCAGUGGCAGAUGUCAUUGCUCCAAGAGGAGGAAACUUAGGGUGAAGAGAUCCAUCAAGGUGCCUGCCAUCAGUAACAAACUUGCAGAUAUUCCUCCUGAUGAGUAUUCUUGGAGGAAGUAUGGACAGAAGCCAAUCAAGGGUUCUCCACACCCUAGGGGAUAUUAUAAAUGUAGCAGCAUGAGAGGUUGUCCUGCAAGGAAGCAUGUUGAGAGGUGCCUAGAGGAUCCCUCGAUGCUUAUUGUUACUUACGAAGGUGAGCAUAAUCACUCCAGAUUGCUGUCCCAAUCUGCUCACACAUAGACUCCAUGGAAAGCUUUCUUGAGAUCACUUUGAAGCCCCAAGGUUCAUUUUCAUCUACACCGAUCAGUUGAUUCUGUACAUAAUGUGUAUGGAUCAAGCUUGAGAUUACAGAUGAUGGGGCGUUUUACUGGCAUGGGGAGGAAGCCUUCUAGCUCUUUUGACCUUCUUGAGGCAGGUAGAUAUAUUAAAUCACAGAGCCAGACAAAACAUCUAGAAUGCAAAAGGGGUUGGAAAUUGUAGGAUUAUAACUCUUCUUCUGUGACAACCUAAGAUCUAUUUUUCACAGUAGGGGUUUUCUGAAUGAAUGCAAUCCCUUUAGCGUGCUAUUUAA